GGACUGAGUACCAGUGAUAGGUUACAGAUGCGCUUUAGUCGACAUCACAUUAGAUUCUGAAUGAUAGCAAUCACAUGGUGUUUUCUUCCAUAUUACGUAUUGAUUGGGGUAUUUGCAUCUCGAACAAACCGCAUGCUGGUUGGCUGAAAGGCAAUCAUCCCAUCGUUGUGAAACAAACUCGCUCUGCUUUCACAUCGAGGAGGAAGAGGAAGGGAGCAGCGGCUCCGCGCACACUGCUUCCAUUUGGUCAAAUUAGAAGCUAUUUGACUAUAACCGGUACGGACUGUGAGUUCGGUGGAGGAGGUGGACCAGUGCAAUGAUGACGGGCAAAUCUGUGAAAGACGUUGACAGAUACCAGGCUGUCCUCAACUCUUUACUGGCGCUGGAAGAGAAUAAAUACUGCGCUGAUUGCGAAUCGAAAGGUCCACGAUGGGCAUCUUGGAAUUUGGGUAUCUUCAUUUGUAUUCGCUGUGCUGGUAUUCAUCGAAACCUGGGGGUCCACAUCUCCAAGGUCAAAUCUGUCAAUCUGGACCAGUGGACACAGGAGCAGGUCCAGUGUGUUCAAGAGAUGGGAAAUGCCAAAGCUAAACGUCUCUAUGAGGCUUUCUUACCUGAGUGCUUCCAGCGACCUGAGACAGAUCAGUCCGCAGAGAUCUUCAUCAGAGACAAGUAUGAUAAGAAGAAGUACAUGGAUAAGGUCAUUGACAUCCAGAUGCUCAGAAAAGAAAAGAGCUGCGAAAAUAUACCCAAAGAACCAGUUGUGUUUGAGAAGAUGAAAUUGAAAAAAGACAUCAGCCCGAAGACAGACUCCCAGUCUGUUACAGACCUGCUUGGAUUAGAUGCCCCUGCUCCAAAUCCUACAGUGUAUAAUGGUGGAGGUUGUGUUCCACACAGUAACGAGAGCCCAGCAACUUCUAAUCCAGCUUUGGCAAACUCUGCUCUGGAUCUCUUCAGUACCCUACCAGCAGUCUCUUCUGCUUCCUCCACUAAAACCACACCCACUUCCAGCUCCAUGCCUCAGAGCAGAGUGACGGCUUCUGUGCCUGAAAACCUCAGUCUUUUCCUGGAUCCAGCACCCAAACCAGGGGAGGGCACUGUCAAGAAACUGUCAAAGGACUCUAUUCUCUCCCUCUAUGCCUCCACCCCCUCAGUGCACGCCAGCAGUGUGGCUACUCACGCAGGCUUGUACAUGAACCAAAUGGGAUACAUGACGCAUCCGUAUGGGUCAUACCAUUCUUUAGCCCAGGCAGGGGGAAUGGGAGGUGCCAUGGUAACAUCACAGAUGGCCAUGGUGGGUCAACAACCAAGUGGCAUGAUUGGAGUUCAACAGAAUGGCAUGAUGGGACAGCAGAAUGGCUUAAUGGGUGCCCAGGGUGUCAUGGCUCAGCCUAGUGGCGUUAUGGCGUCACCUUACAUGACAGGGAUGACCCAGGGCAUGAUGGGACAACAGCAAACCGGAAUGAUGGUACAGCAUCAGACUGGGAUGAUGGGACAACAACAGGUUGGAGGUUUACCUCAUCAGCAGAUGUAUGGAGUACAACAUGCUCAGCAGCUACAGUGGAACAUUACUCAGAUGACUCAUCACAUGGCCGGGGUGAAUCUCUGUAACACCAACGGCAUGAUGGGAUACAACAGUCAACACAUGGGGGGCUCAACAACUCCCAGCUCAGCGCACAUGACAGCACAUGUUUGGAAAUGAUCCAGUAUUUCCAAGAAGUGAUGCAUCGCCAGUAACAGAAUAAAAGAGGUGAAUGUGGAUUAGACUCUCUAUGAGACAUUUUCUAAUGAAAGGGAGGUGAAGGACCAGAAGACAUGUCAAGAAGAAGGUGUGGGAAAACCAUACUACCUCCCUUUCUCUCUCCUCUCUGCCCAUGCUUCCUCUUCUUCUCAUCCAUGGCCAUGUUUUGCGUAUUUCCAUGCUUGCCUUCGGAACAUUUUCAUAUGAUGACCAAGACAACAGGGUUCAGAGUUUCACUGGUUAGGACUACACAUCAUUUUUUGUACCAAGCCUGUGUAUGAGAGUGUGUUCAUACAUCUUCUGUAUGUGAGUGUCAGCUAACUGACUGACUUGAAAGAACAGUUUGGUUUUUGGAGAAUUCUAUAGUUUUUCUUAUUCUCUCAGAAUCAGAUUAAAAUGGCUCGUGUAGCUAAGUUGAAUUUGUUAAUGUGCUUGAAUAUUGGCAAAGUGGAACAAGAUACACUUGAACAAUUUUUUUCCCUAGAAGGAGGGAAACAUAGGUUGUUGCAAGGCUAAUGGGUGAACAUUCUAUCAUUUGUUAGAUGGUUUGACAUUUUGGGAAAUAUGCUUAUUUGCUAUUUUGCUGACAGUUAAAGGAGGAGAUUGAUGUUUGUAUGUCGAAUAUGAAGCUACUGCCAGAAGCUGGUUGGCUCAGAUUAGCAUAAAGACUCAAAACAGGGAAAAACAACUCAUCUUGGUCUGUCCAAAGGCAACAAAACACACCUACCAGCACAUAUAAAGCUUACGUAUUUACACAUUAUAUCAGGCGCCUGCUGGAGUCUUCACUAUGACUUACCAUAUAACCUGUUCAUUAGUGACCUUGUGAUAUAUUGGUAGGCGACUGUUUGCCUCUGUUUUCAGUCUCUGUGCUAAGCAGACAAGCUACCAGCUGUAGGCCUAAUAUGUAUCGUGUGUGAAUAAAUCAUUCACAGCAGAAUGUAACAAUUAACUUCAUUUUAGUCGCAACUACAUUUUAGCCAUAUUUUAAGGAGCAUGUUUUUUCAGCAAGCUUUUAAGCACACAGGGGUUAAGAGUUUUUUUUACCAUAAAGGUUUAAGGUAACAUAUUUUGAAAUUAUAUUACCCUUCUUGUGAGAGAAUGAAGCUACACUAGGCCAUGCUGGUCUCUUAAUGUAUCAUAUCUUCAAACUGCAAGACAUUAAUGAAUUUGUCUUGCUCUAAGAAGUAACAAUCUGAUCUGUAAAAUCUUACAAAAACCUAUGUAUCCCUUUACAAAUUCUUCAGUUAUCUUAACCGUCCGACUGUCACUGUCUCACAUGUUAGAAAAUGGCCCUUUAUUAUGAUGUCUUCUAUUCAAUUUACAGAGGGCUUCCUUUAGAAUCGAUAUUUAAUUUCAGUUUGAAGUCUCAAAAGUCCAAGACUCAAUUUUUGGCAGACCAAAGAUCAGCGCUAGCUUUAUUCAAGUUGUACAGUAUUCCAGUGCUUUGUUAAAGCCAUCUGACUAGUGAGCAGUAGAAAAUUCAGUUCAGCAGUCCUUUAAUACUAUGUUUGGUCAUAUCUGCUCUUAUAUAAUGAAUGUUUGGGCAUAUCAAUUCACUGUGCUAUUUCUUCAGCAGGGGUGGGACACUUAAAAAGUCACUUGCAUGCCAUGUCAUGUAAAUGUCGAUUUACACACAGACACACACCUCAAGUUGAUCUACCUUGUACAAUAGAGGCCUCAAAUAAUGUUGAAUGUCUGUUCACGAGAGAGAGUGGUGGGGAUUGAGAAAACUUUAAGGAGCAGAUCAGUCGUGUUUCAGAUUCUUCCACUGAAUUGCAUGAGGAGAAUGUUUUUUCUCGACUGUCUGUACUGUGUGUUUAUUAAGAUGUUCGAAUGUGUGUCACUGAAUGUUUCUCUCUACGUGUCAAUCAGUCUCUGACCAAGACUAACAAAAAAUCUUAAUGAAUGUGUGUCCUGAAUGUGUUUCAAGAUUGACGCAGACAUUUUGAAUACACACCUGUAUCGCUGCGGUGUGUUUGUUUUUGAUAUUCUAUGACUGUCAAGCAAUGUACUUUUGCGUCCUUUGAAUGUUCUGUGCUCAACAGCGUCUGUUUUUGGUGACUUCAACCAAGUUUCGAUGUUACCAUUAAGUGAGGAGCAAACUGUGGCCAGGCUGACACACUUUCAGGUCACUCGGGGGCGUUAACAAUUUGGCCAAACCACAUUGUGAAGCAAAAAGUGAUUGUACGACCACCAUCUGUCACCUCUUGAUGUUUUAGUCAACUUUUCUACACCUCUCCCACACGCGCCUACACAAACCAUCUCUGUGUGAUGAUUUCUCCGAAAGUGUUUAUAAAUAUAUCCAUUCUUAUAAAUGCAUGAAGCCAUCAGUGUAAAUAAUCUUUCCAUUUUUUUCAUAGAAGCACUUCUAUGUUAAGUUGCAAUUAUGAAUGUGCAGGGCGAGAAUGUAAAAGGAGCAGUUAAAAGAGAAAUAAAUUAAAGUCUGGCAUAAAUAGAUUCUAUUAACUGCUGCCACUAAGAAAACAGUACAGCCUUCAGAAACUCUAUUAUUCCAGGAAAGUCUUUCAGUUUUAGCUCAUUUAAUGGCAGCUGAGGCAACAGUGUGGCAGCAGCAGUCACCUUCUCUGCUGAGAGCAAUAUCACCAUCAGACUAUGUGUCGUAUCUGCCUGUCACAGCAGAUCUGUCAGCCAGCAAAAGAAGUUUUGGGAAAAGCAGUAACGAUCCUUGUCUGUGAGCGAGAAAGCUUCACCUGAGCUUCUUCUUUUUUUGUGGAUUAUCUUUCAUUUUAGGCUGCUUGUAAUCUGUUCCUUUAUUGUCUGGUAUAUUUUUCUGUGAAAUAAGAGCAAAUGAAGGAAUGUAUCUUUUUAUGUACUUGUCGAUCAAGAUAUUGUGUACCUUAUUCUUUAUCAGAAUUUCUCUGUAUGUUUCUCAAACAAUAUUGAUGAACAUGUACUGUAUAUUAGCUCUGCAUUUUUUUUCACAUGCUUUGCACCUUUUGAUUUCAUAUUUACACAAGUUAGUCACAUAUAUUUGAGAAUAUGUAUGUAACAUACAAAACUUGUCUCUGUGAAAAUAUACAAAAUAAAUACUGUUUUGGUUAA